UGUUGCUGUAGGAAGUGUAGAUGAGACCAGCAUUGGGAGAAAUUGAUAACAAAACAUUAUUAUUAUAUAUUUGGGAAACAAAGUCUGUUGGAUCACGUGAUCUUUUUUUUUUGGGGAUCAUGUGAUCACACGAUGAGGCGCGUUCCCGAUCCUCAGCGCACAUACACAGGAGGCGCGUGACAGUCGUUUCCUAGCAACCCGAGGACGCGUUGUUCCCGGUGCUGAGUGAUUGAAGUACGGAGAGCGAUCAGGAGUGUCAGAUCUCCAUUUAGCCGCCGUCAUGUCCUCCAAACAAGGCAGGAAGAAGGAUUCUGCCCGCCUGAGCUCUGUGAUGGGUCAAACUCCGAGAGACACGGCAUCAGUGGUCGCUAGCACAGUGAAUGCAUUAGUCGAGUUUAAAAAAGGAAGACUUUCUAUAUGGCCAGAGUGGAAUGAAGCCGAUAUAAACUCGGAGAAAUGGGAUACAGGAAAACCCAAUAAAGAGAAGGAGAAAGGUGGAAAAGGUCCAGCACUUCAUUUCUUUGAUGAUCCUGAAGGAAAGAUUGAAUUGCCGGCUAAUUUAAAAGUUCAUUGCUGGAAGCGUCCUCACGAGUUUAUAACAAACACGACUCCUGUAGUUGUGAAGGAUGAAGCCUCCUGUGAUUUAAUGUCAGCAAAUGAACAUUUAAUGGAAAGUGAACUUAUGAGAUGGAUAAUUAGUGAGGUCAGUGCUGUCUGGAGAAUUUAUAAUGAAAAUCUGUCAGAUAAUAAAGCUGUGUCAGCAGAACCACCCACACUGGCAUGGAAACCAUGGGAACACAUAUAUGCCCUUUGCAAAGCUGUAAAAGGGCAUAUGCCACUCUACAACAACUAUGGAAAAUACAUUGUGAAACUGUACUGGAUGGGGUGCUGGAGAAAGAUUGUAGUGGAUGACACUCUUCCAUUUAGUGAAGAUGACAAGUUGCUUCUUCCAGCAACAAUAUGUGAAGCUGAACUGUGGCCAAUGUUAUUGUCCAAAGCUAUCAUUAAGAUUGCAAGUAUAGAUACCAAUGGAUUUUCAAAACGAGAACUAGGAGAAUUCACUGUUUUGCAUUCACUAACUGGAUGGCUUCCAGAGGUCAUACCUCUCCAAAAUGAUUUUAUCAGUGAUGUCUGGGAUUUUUUAAAAAGAAUAGUUCCUGAAUUCACACUACCUGCUGAUGAACCCCAGGAAUCAAAACCUGCUGUGAAUGAAGAAAAAAAGAAAGACAGCAAGCUAGCAGAGGCUAAACCUGAGAUACCCAUACCUGUCAUUGUAAGGCCUCCCGAAAAACCCAAUAAAGAGAAAUCAGACUCAAAGGACACUGGGAAGAAGAAAGGAGAGGAAGAAAAAACAAGGUCAGCUGCUCAUUCUGCACAAUCUCCAUCAGAGUCAUCAAGUGCUCUGCAAGAAUCCGCUUCUGUAAUGCCAGUGCCCCAGAUGGUUGUGUAUGCCAGCUACUUACCACUCCAUUUGAGUGAACAGAAGAUUUCCAUACUUGGGCAGAUGGCUGACUCAUCACAGAACUUGAGACACUAUGGAUUAUCUCACAGUUAUAAUCAUCCAGUACUUGUGUCUAGGACUAGGUCAUGUCCACUGGUGGCUCCACCAAUAACACCUCCUGUUUUACGAUGGAACCUCAUACAGCAAAAAAAAGAAAUUAAUAUAACAGAUGAAGCCAAAGUGCAAGUAGAAAAGAAACCUGACCAGUUUGUAGAAAUCAGCACACCUUUUCUGAACUUCCGACUAAAUCCACUUACUGUGCCCUCUGAAAGAAAUAUUGUUGGCACUUCCAGGAGAAGCUCCCUUCUGAUGUCCACUUUAUUGUCUCUGAGUGAGGCUGAAGAGAAUGUCCAGGAAAGUAGUACAGAUGUGAAAGAAAAUUUACAACUAAGUUUUGAAGAAGAUCCUCAGGUAACCUCUACUAGUCAAGGCAAAAUACCCACACCAACCAACUUGACAGAAAGUGAAAUUGUUGCUGGUGAUAUUCAAACAGACGUGUCAAGCCAGCCACUACUCUUCACAGAGAAAGAAGGAGGCUCUGUGGAAGUAAAGGAAGUCCCGAAACAAAUUUGGAUGGAUUUUUCUGACUUUUGCAAAUGUUUUCAGAUGUUAUAUAUCUUCCACAAGCCAAAUACAUACCCAUAUACAUUCCAGAAAUCUGAUUUCAAGACAACAGAUGAUCGAGAUUGUGGAUCUUAUUUUCUAUUUGUGGACAAUGUGAAGCCUACAGAAAUAUUGAUUAGCUUUUCAGCCCUGGUGCGCUGGGGUGAUUUGCAUUUGAAACAGUAUUCUGGCAUACAAAAAGGUCUUCUAAUAGCAGAGAAGUUUUCUUGGAAAAGCCUCUUGUAUGGACCAGUUGUGCUAAAGCUGAAUACGUAUGGAACCAAAGCAUCUGUUAUAAGUCUUCCUCCUGGGCGUCAUGUCUUACACUUCACUGCAAGUUCACCCUUAGGGCACCAUAUCCACCUAUGCAGUACAGUGCCAUUUGUCUUUGGUGAUGAGGAAACUAUUAUGCCAUAUCUUGACAAGGAAAGCUACCGCUUUAUGUCGAUGGCAAUGAGUAUAAUAAAAGCUAUAAUAAAUGUGAUGCAUAACUUUAGCAAUGAAAAUGAACUAGCCGGUACCUUUAAAGAAUUGAAGUUGGCCCACUAUCCUUGGCAAACCAAAUCAAAGCUCUUAGGAAAAACCGAAGAACACUUCAAGGCUUUUAACAUUGCUUUGUGGAAACUUAUGAGUGAAGCUGUGGGAAACAAAAUUACGCUUGACUUGGUAUUUGCAUUCCGAGCCUUCACAUUGGAUUUUUCAACUAAUUUGUCGCCAGAAUCUCAUUCUACACAAGAUCAAAAAUCUGAAAUUCCUGCUUCCUGGCAAAAUAGAACAGCUACAGCUGUUGAGGAAACUACUGCAAUUAAACUGCAAGCUUGGUGGAGAGAACGGUUUGUUAUGAAGUGUUGGAAUGCCAGAAAAUCAGGAACCAAAGAAAAUACAAUGGUUAAGACAACCUUGGACAGAAUUUCUAUUGCCGUUGAAUCAAAUGCUGAACACUAUGGUAUUGGCCUUCUGAGGUACUUGCUCAGACACAGCCCUGUUUCACAUGAUUAUCCCUGCUAUGAAGAUGAGCAAUACAGGAUAACGUUCACUGAUUAUUCAGCUACCUACACAGAUCAGCCCGCAAACUCAUGGUUUGUGGUGUUCAGGGAAGUAUUUCAUGUCUCAGAAGAUAUGCUUGUUGUUCCCAAGAUGUAUACUAGCAUCCCGGUCUGUGCACUCCAUGUUGUAAACAAUGAUACACUGGAGGAAAUCCCCUGGCUGUUUAACAAAGUAGUACCUCACCAUUAUACCAAAAACAAGAAGGGAUACACUUUUGUGGCAGAGGCACAUACUGGGGAGUUUGCCAUAUCAGCUGGGAAAUUGAGAUUAAGGCUUAUUGGUGCCUGUUGCCCUUUACCUUCACUGUCCCGUGACAUGGUAAACAAUUAUUUUUCUACAAGAGAAAUCAGAGACUACUACAUACCUCAAAGCAAAGAUGUGAUUUUCAGGUACACCAUAAAAGCAGCAAUAGAGCAUAUUGCAACAGUUCACGUGCAUACCUCAAAGUCAGAUGUAUUCAUCAAGGUGCAGAUCUUUGAUAAUGAUGAAGAAGUUGCAAGUGUCACCGGCAAAGGUCAAGCAGUGAUUCCUGCGUUUUGUUUUUUGUCCAAUGAAAGACCUUUAAGUUCUUUUUCAAGCAAAAGCCAGGUUUUGUCAAAUGGAACAAAGAAAGGGAGGAAUGGCUCAGGUGGAAGCCAAAGAAACAGCAAGCCUUCAUCAAGACCUGGCAGUACAGCUGCAACACAACGUAUAGAAGAGAAUGAAAGCAAUGAAGAGAAAACACCCACCCCACAGCCGGCACACAAGUACAUUAUACAAGCUACCGUAUUAUAUAAAAGUUGGAUCCUUACAGAGAGCCAGGCUGCCUUUGUUCAAUCCAUUAAAGAAAUGGAAAAACAGGAAAUCAAAGUACAUGCAGAUAAGCAUGAAGAACCCGUAUUAGAGACACACAGCAGCUCAGAAAACCAGAAACUAGCAAGCACACCAAAGGCUGGCAGAAAGGGAAAGGACAAAAUAACAGAGAAACCUGAAAAGGAAAAAUCUGCCAAAGAGAGGGAAAAAGACAGAGAAAGGCUUCAAUCAACUCCCACAUUCAGACCAGAGUCUCAGACCCAGCAGCAGAUUGACAUUAACAAGCCAUUCUGGACCCUGAGACUGGUCAGUGAGACAAGCGAGGCAGAGACACUGGAAGUCAAGAAAGACACAGAGCGCAUAGAUGAAAUAAGAGCCAUGAAACAAGCAUGGGAGGCAGCAGAGCCAGGUCGUGCUGUCAAGGCCUUGCAGUCACGCUUGCAGUAUGUGAACAAAUAUAUACAGAAACCCAGCACUGAAGCUGCAGAAGAUGUUGUUCAGGACAGCCAAAAUGUUACUGUAGAGGAAGUGCUGCCGAAUUCAAAAGCACAGGAGAAUGUGUUGUCAAAUCUACUUGUCCCCAAUAAACAAGAACCUUUUGAUUUAACACCUUUUAUUAGAAAAACAAAGCCAGAACCAAUGUUAAGAAAUGAUUGUGUCAUUCAGCAACAAGUAUUGCAAAAAGCAGAGGAAAUGCGACAAUUCAGGCAGCUAAGGGAAGAGGUUUUACAGCACAGGGAUCAAGAGAAAAAUGCACGAAAUUUGCUGAAGCACAAAGUGCUGCAAAUGUAUGAAGAGUUACAGAUGUCACUUGAUAAUGCCCGUGAGAAUAUUUUCAGUGCCCGGGAGCAAUACCGAAAUAAAUUGUUGGAAGCCGAGAAAAGAAAGCAAGAAAAUCAGACACCUGGUGAUGCUGAUGCUACCGCAGAAAAGGAGAAAAGUCCAUCAGCCCAGAAAAGAAAAGGCGCAAAAAGUGCUAAAAAGAAGAAAUAGCUUUUCCAUUGCCUCUCUUUCCAUAUGUAUUCUUUUUGUUUUAUAGUUUACCUCCAGCCAACAUUCUUAUAAUUAUCAAUAGAAAAAGUGGGUUAAACUUCUUCUAACUUUCUAUCUCUGUGGCACCAAUGCAUAUGAUGAGGCUAAUAAGUGAACUAGGACAGGAAGAAAAAUGUAGCAAAAAAGAUGACAGAGGUCCAAACCCUUCUCCACUCUUAUGCCGCGUACACACGGUCGUUUUUUGUGAUGAAAAAAAACGACAUUUUUAAAA